AUAGGUUCCACAUUUUUCACCCGGGGGACACGUUAGCCAUCAGGCCAGUAAUUUAAUCUCAUCUCCGGCUAUCCAAACUCCGCACGACGUCCUAGGGUUUGCACUGAAACAUAACCUCACCUAUCCUCCUCUCCAAAGCAAACCUUCAGUGGAGGAGCGGACAGAUGUAGAAAACACGUGGUUAUACGGAGAACACUCUGCAGACGCGGGACUUUGCGCGUUGACAUUUUUGUGGGUUUGAAAGGUGGUUAACCAGCGCACUGGCAAACAGAUAUCAAUAUCCCUACACUCUUAACUUGCAGUCUACAGGAAAACAACUCAAAAGGCCAGGUUUCAGGAAUAUUCCAUCUUUUUAUGCUGAAAUAAUCUUUUUGCAAACGCACAGACUCAAACGAUAUGGGACUCUAACGGGACGCUCAUCAUGAAGAAGUAAAGUUUGGAUUUGAAGUUGGAAGACUGAAACUUUAUUUUGUUUUUUAAUAGUAUCAUAAACUGUUUUAAGAAACGCUGAUCAGACGUGUUUGAUUGCACUGGAUGUGGGGAUGCGCAAAAAGUGAACGUGGUACCGUCAACUUCUUACUCAUACACCAUUCUUAUAGAUUUAUAGAACGCCAUGAAAGACGAUUUCGCAGACGAGGAGGAAGUACAGUCUUUUGGAUACAAGAGGUUCGGGAUCCAGGAGGGCACCCAGUGUACCAAGUGUAAGAAUGAAUGGGCUCUGAAGACUUCCAUCGUCUUGCUGUACGUGUUGUGCACCCUCCUCACCAUCGCUGUGGCUGUCCUCGGAUACAAAGUGGUGCAGAAGGUUGACUUUGUGUCAGAGGGGAUGGAGAACUACAAUGGGAAAAUCAUAGAGGUGGAGACAGACUUGAAAAAGCUAGACGAUCAGACAGAACAGAAGACUGAGAACACCACCACAGAGUUCCAGGCCUUCAAGAACAACAUCCGCGCUCUACAGAGGCAGCUGGCAGAGGUGUCAGAGCGGAGCAGCAGCAACCGGGCUGCACUGGGCCGUCUGCAGGACGCGGGCCUGGACUUCCAGAGCACACGGGCCUCCCUCCAAAGGCUGCUGGAAACCAACAGUGCCACGCUGCGCUCGGUGAAUGGCACGCUGCUCGCCUACGGAAGCUCCGUGGAGGGUCUCCAGGAGGACACGGUCAGGCUGCAGACGGAGCUGCAACAGCAGGUGAACCUCCAAAGAACCGUCCUGCUCAGCAUCGGCAACCUCAACCUCACCCAGGCCCAACAGAGGGGGCUGAUCUCCUCCUUGCAGCGCUCAGUGGAUGACACCAGCCAGGCCAUCCAGAAGAUACACAACGACUUCCAGAACCUGGAGCAGACCGCCCGACAGACCCGCUCCGACUCCGACUGGCUCAGGGAGAAGGUGGAGAACCUGCAGGGUCUAGCCUCCAACGCCUCAGCCCUGGCCAAGGCCAACAAUGACAGUCUGGAGGAUAUCAGCUCACAGCUGGGUACCCUGGGGGGCCAGCUCCAGAACACUAGCAGCCUGGCUGAAGGCCACGACCAGACCCUGAGGGAGAUGAUGGACCAGCAGAGGGACCAUGACAAUCACACCUCCACCAAGUUUGACCAGUUGGAGCUACGCCUGGAUGAGUCAGAGCAGAGCAUUGACCGGGUCACCGGCAACAUCAGCUUCACCACCCAGCUUCUAGGGGCCAUCAACAUCAACCUCAACCAGCUGCGGACCUGCGGCGAGACUGUGGGCCGCCACUCCGACUUCCUGCUCAGCUUGAACAGCUCAGUGGCGGAGGUGAGGGGUGAUGCGGCCACGCUGAGGUCCCAGCAGGAGGACUUGACUGCCAGGUUGGACAAGGAGGUGACCAGCCUCUCCAUCGUCAUGGAGGAGAUGAAGCUGGUGGACAGCAAACACUCGCAGCUCAUCACUAACUUCACCAUUCUACAGGGUCCCCCUGGUCCCAGAGGCCCCAAAGGAGACAAAGGGCUCCAAGGAUCAGCUGGUCAGCCUGGUCAAAAGGGCGAAAAAGGAGACAAGGGUGUUCCAGGGCUCCAGGGACCCAGAGGAGAGAAAGGAUCUGCUGGACAACCAGGAUUACCAGGGUUCAAAGGUCAGCCUGGCUCCCGUGGCAGCCCAGGGUCCAAAGGCUCCCGAGGGUCUGGAGGCAGGGCAGGACCCCCAGGGGCUAAAGGGGAACCAGGCACGGCCGGACUCCCAGGGAGAGAUGGGCAGCCUGGCCCUCAGGGGGCCCAAGGACCACCAGGGAUCCGAGGUGCAGUGGGGCCAGCUGGGGAGCAGGGGCCUAGGGGGCCGGUGGGGCCCAUUGGCGCUCCAGGACCCCCAGGACUGCCAGGACUCCCUUACCCACCAGCAGUGCCCCUGGGACCCAUGUCUCUGCAGAGUGAACCUCCUGCUCCUACUGUAUGGGCCCCAGGUUGUCCCGCAGAGUGGGUUGGCUUCAGAGACAAGUGCUACUACUUCUCCAAAGAGCUCCACAGCUUUGACGAAUCCAAGAGGAGCUGUGAAGCUCAGUCUGCAUCAAUGUUGAUCAUCAAUGAUAUGGAGGAACAGAAAUGGCUUAAGAAGCAGGCUUCUGGGAAGGGUUACUUCUGGAUAGGUCUGACUGACAAGGAGGAGGAGAAUGUGUGGAAAUGGCUGGACGGAACAGAACCUGCCUUCACGAAGUGGAAGCCUGGUCAGCCAGACAACUGGAGUCACGGACAUGAACGAGGAGAGGACUGUGCUGGACUCACCCACGGACUGUGGAAUGUUUUCUUCUGUGAAGAUCUCAUCAGCUUCAUCUGUGAAAGGGAGAUCGAAAGCUACAAAGCUCCAGGACCAAAGCCCUCUCUGGAGAGGGAGGGGCAUAGCUGAGUCAGAGAGGGUGUGGCGAUGAGCAGAUAGACUCCACCCACAAAGUGUCACAACCCACUGACAUCCUGCAUGGACAUCCCCUAUGGAAAGAGAAGAGGGACAUACAGGGCACAAGUCUGAACAUAGGCUAUGGUUGUAUUCACUGGGUUCCUCCCACUGGUGGUCAGAUUGAUCUUCACUUCAAAGUGAAUUCAGAUCACACAUUCCAGCAUUUGCAAUCCUGCCACUGGACAAUCGAAGAGUUAAGAUGACUGAUUGUGUUUCAUUUUUUACCAAAUUAUCAGACUUAUACAGAUAUUUUUCAUUGUAUUUUUAUAGUAUUGAUUUUAUAUGACUGUAUUCCACACUUACAAAUGAUUAUCUGAAUGUACAUUGUACUGCGUAUGUUUUCUAUGCAAAAAUUAUUUCAUCAAUGCCACCAAUGACUCACCCUAGUGUCUUUAAGAUCUGAAAGUAGUUCCUGAAUAAAUUGUGUGAUGUGCAAAAUGAUGCGUAAAAA